AUGGCCAUUGACCACACAAGCCUCCGCGUCCCAGAGGACAAAUUCCAAAAAUGCCUCGCGGUGUACCUGGCGGCCCUCCAACCACUCGGCUACGAGGUCGUCUAUCAAUUCGGCCCUCACCUCGUCGGGCUGGGGUCCAAGCACGAGGCGACCAAGGAUUACAAGCCGACUGAUUUCUGGGUCAUGGGCACAAAGGACACCGCAGCGGCGGCAGGGCUGCACAUUGCCUUCAGAGCACAGGACCGCGCCGCGGUCGAUGCGUUCCACGCGGCCGCGGUCGAGGCUGGUGCAGCGGACAACGGCGCGCCGGGCUUGAGGCCCGACUAUCACGCCGAUUACUACGGGGCGUUUGUCUUGGACCCUGCCGGGAACAACAUUGAGGCGGUGUGCCAUUUGCCGGCCUAG